GGAAAGAGAUAUUACAACCGCGAGGUCGUUGAUCCUAGAACCAACCAAACAACACCAUUGCACUCUAAUAAGAAGAAGCUUACCAAAACCAUGAAUCUUUCUGAUUCUCUCUCAUCGUUUCCCGGGAGAAGCCACCAUAUAUAGCCUGAGAGGUCUUCAAUUAGGGUUUUCGUAACCACCCUCCCUGUUAUGGCGGCAGAGAAUCGUAAGGAUCGAGGCCUUUCCUCUGAAGUCUCGAUUCCUUCCGGUUUGAACCGGAUCAAGACUCGGUUAGCUCCCAGACCCGAUGAAUCCGCCCUCACCGUUCCAAAGCCUCCUCCUCCUUUUAAUAACCGUAAGCCGAAAAGUAUCGCUCCUCGUCGUGAACAUGGCAAAACCACUUCCAAGCAAGAGCGUAAUAAGGGAAAGAAGUUGUCGAGGUGGCUUGCUUCUUACAAACCAAAGUAUUCUGUGAACCUUCACAAAGGUUAUGGCUGCUCAACUAGUGAGGAUGCCAAAUCUAAAGUCAACAACUCUCGUAAAGACGAGGAAACGAUGGUCAAGCUAUCUGAAACCAACCUUUCCUCUUGCAAGGUGCCAUCAAUAGGUAUAAAGAGCUUUUCACAUGAGUUAGGGCCACGCGGUGGUGUUCAAACUUCCCACCCUCGUCCACACAGCUACAACGACCUCAAGGAACUUUUGGGCUCACUUCACUCAAGAUUUGAUGUUGCAAAGGAGAUUGUGGAUAAGAAGCUGGAUGACUUUGUCAUAGAUGUGGAAGAGAAUAUGGAGAAAAUGGAUCCAUCAUGUCCUGAAGAUCGAGAAACGGCAGAGGAGUUACUUAAGUUGGCUCAAACCUGUAUAGAGAUGACAUCUGCUCAGCUUCGUGCUACUUGUGAAUCUAUUGUCCAAGACCUAACUAAGAAGAUGAAACAGUGCCAAGCAGGACUUGUGAAGUGGUUUGUCUCUCAGUUGCUUUUUAUACUGACUCAUUGUACAAGAGUUGUCAUGUUUCAGAAGGAGACUGAGCCCAUUGAUGAGAAUUCCUUCCGGAAAUUUAAGGAAUGUUUGGAAAAUAUCCCUGCUCUGGAAACAAAUUGGGUUUCCACUUCUAGAGUUGAUGACGCAGGAAAAAAGUUCAAGAAACAGGACAAAGAAUCUUUAGAGUCAGAGGCAACUUUAGGCUUUGGGAUGCCAGAUGAUCAAAGCAAUAAUGCUGCUAGAGAAGGUUAUGGAGCUUCUAAACAGGGGUCUCGGUUUAAUAGUAAAGUGGUGGAACAAAGAUCUUAUUUAAGUAAUGAGUAUCAAGAUAAGAUGCCAAAUGAUCCUUCUGGAAAAGAGUUAGGUGGAUGGGACUCUGUAAUCUGCAGAAUAUGCGAGGAAGAAGUUACUCUCUCCCAUCUGGAACCACACUCUUACAUAUGUGCAUACGCAGAUAAAUGUGAAAUCAAUUGUUUGGAUGUUGAUGAGCGCCUUUUGAAACUUGAAGAGAUACUGGAACAGAUCAUUGAUUCACGAAGUUCAAAUUCCUUUCAUCCCCAAGCUGGUGGCCUGGAAAACUCGGUCUUGCAGAAAUCUGGAGUUGCAUCUGAAGGUUGUUCUCCUAAAGUAAAUGAAUGGCGGAACAAAGGUGUUGAGGGAAUGUUUGAGGAUCUGCAUGAGAUGGACACUGCCUUCAUAGACGAGUCUAACACAUUUCCUAUUAACUUGAAGAGCCAUGUAGGGGCUAAAUUUUGCCAUCAUGGCACUUCAUCAUCAACUGGUAGCAUCACUUCAGUAUCUUCAACAAAUACCCCCAGAACAAGUCACUUUGACUCUUAUUGGCUAGAGCGGCAUAGUCCAGAGCAAGAGGAUCUUCAAUUGAUGAUGGACCUUUCUGAUAUUGCCCGGUGUGGAGCAAGCACAGAUCUCUCGAAAGAGGGUUCCUGUGACUAUUUGCUUGCCUGCAUGCAAGACAUACAAGCUGUCUUGAAGCAGAGCAAGCUCAAAGCACUUGUUAUAGAUACUUUUGGGGGGAGGAUCGAGAAACUUCUCUGCGAGAAAUAUAUGUAUGCCUGUGAUUUGAUUGGUGAUAAGAGUUCAACGGGCAAUGUAAAAGAGAGUGAAAGUGUCUCGGAGCAUGCAUCGCAAGGUUCCGCAAUGACUACUCCGCAUUUUGCGCAGAAAGAAAGGACAAGCAUAGAUGACUUUGAGAUCAUCAAACCAAUAAGCAGAGGUGCCUUUGGUAAAGUCUUUCUUGCACGUAAAAGAACAACAGGGGACUUUUUUGCAAUAAAGGUACUCAAGAAGCUGGAUAUGAUAAGGAAAAACGACUUCGAACGGAUAUUGGAAGAGCGAAAUAUACUAAUAACUGUCAGAUACCCUUUUGUGGUUCGAUUUUUUUAUUCAUUCACCUGCAGUGAUAACCUCUACUUGGUAAUGGAAUAUCUUAAUGGUGGUGAUCUAUACUCUCUGCUCCAGAAAGUUGGCUGUCUUGACGAUGACAUUGCUCGUAUUUACAUCGCGGAACUGGUUCUUGCAUUGGAAUACCUCCAUUCUCUAAAUAUUGUGCACCGAGAUAUUAAGCCUGAUAACCUUUUAAUAGCUCAUGAUGGGCACAUCAAGCUGACAGACUUUGGGCUGUCAAAAAUCGGUCUUAUAAACAACACAAUUGAUUUAUCUGGCCCUGAGUCAGAGGCAUCUCCAAGAAAAAGUUCUCGUCAUUUUCAGAAGAGCAAAGAAGAAGAGAGAAUUCGACAUUCAGCUGUUGGGACACCUGACUACUUGGCGCCGGAGAUUCUUCUCGGAACAGAACAUGGUUAUGCUGCGGAUUGGUGGUCUGUGGGAAUCAUCUUGUUUGAACUGAUAACUGGAAUUCCACCUUUUACAGCCGCCCGUCCUGAGAUCAUAUUUGACAACAUCCUCAACGGGAAAAUGCCCUGGCCUGAUGUGCCUGGUCAAAUGUCUUAUGAAGCUCAGGAUCUGAUUAACAGGUUUCUUGUUCAUGAGCCGGAAAAACGACUGGGGGCGAAUGGGGCUGCAGAGGUUAAAUCACAUCCCUUCUUUCGAGGUGUUGACUGGGAAAAUCUUGCUAUGCAAAAGGCUGCCUUUGUACCACAGCCUGAGAGUAUACAUGACACUAGCUAUUUUGUAUCACGGUUUGGUGAAAAGAGUUUUAGUGAUUCUGGUACUGACAACGACAAUGAAUCAUAUCCAAACUCAGGAGACGAGUUGGAUGAAUGCACCAACCUGGCCGACUUUGAUUCUCCACCUUACUAUCUCUCGUUCAUAAACUUUUCUUUCAAGAAUUUGUCACAAUUGGCUUCGAUCAAUCAUGAUGUGUUAUUGCAAAAGGAUCCAGCUAAAGGAGGAGGAGCCUCACCUUUUAAUAGCCAUGGAACGUAGAGCGUUGCUACAACCGUCAAAGCUGACUUUAGUCCACGGGUUGGUCUGGUUUGCACCUGCUUUGACGUUUGUAGCUGCUGCUGCUGCCACUUCUCUCCCUUUAUUUCUAUGCGAGUUGGUUACCUUAAAGGUUUAGGGUAACUAUUUAUGCAGUUUUGUCAUAAAAUCAUUUGGAAUGGUUUCAAAUGCAAAUCUCAAAACUAAUUAAUAGUGUGGCAACAAAACUGGCAUACCCGCCCACAGCACAUAUCUAUUAGAUACACAUUUGUAUUAUUAGAUUGGUGUAUAUUUCAGGGUGAUGAAAAUAAAAGAGAGUUUCUGGUUA